AUGCACUUGGAAAACGAGGACUUUGUGGAUUUUCCUUCUUCCAAAUCUAUUGAAACGGAUCAAUACGAUUCUGAUGAAGAUAUGAGUGGCACCUCUACGAUUAGGCAGCGUCGUCCAGUUAAUAAUAAUUCUUCUUCAUUUUAUCCAAAUUUUCGUCCAACUUUAAAUGAGAAUCCUUUUAGUCGAAAAUUUUUACUAGUAAUCGAAAUUUUGCUGGUAUUGACUUCUUUGAUUGGAUUGAUUUUUUUAUACUCUCAGGUAUUAUUUAAUAAUAAAGCUUAUCAACCCAAUAACCGUUUUCAACCUAACGACGGUUCUCAACUUAAUGACGAUUCUCAACUUAAUGACGGUUUUCAAUCAAAUGACUCUUUUAAUCCCAAUGAUGGUGUUUUUUCUAUUGUAAAGAUGGCCAAUAUUAGUUCUGAAAAAUUUUCUUUGCUUAAAAUUCCAGCAACUGAUGAGCUGAACGAACUUCGUUUUGCUGUUCGUAAUCUUAGAGUCGUCAUGGAAAAAAGUCGUAUCAUUAUUAAUCGAUCCAAACCAAUGUCGUCAGCUCUCGAUGAAUUAGAUAAAAAUAUUCAUAAUACGGUUGAAGAACUCAGAAAAUUUCAACAUAAAGCUGAAUGGUUCUUUUGGUUUCUUAUAGAAGAAGUGAAAAUUAUAGCUAAAGAAUUUGAAAAACUUCAUUUAUCCAAAUAUGAUCAAAAUUUAUCUGAAGAAGUUGCUAUCUUUGUUCAUAAACGUCUCAAAUCUUUAGAAACUCAGAUAAAUGACUUCCAUGAUCAAUUCCAACGUGUUAGUUAUGCAAUUGAUUUUGUUCAAAACAAUGCAUUAAAGACACGAGAAAACUUGAUUGAAUUUAAACGUGAGGCUGAGAAAUCUUUGAAAGAAAGAUGGAUUUAUUCAUUGAUUAGUAAAUGGCUUAAUAUUACGGAUCCUAUUAUAUGUGAUAUAGAAGAAGAACUUGAUCAAGUAAACUUUAUCAGAAAGAUGUUAAAAGAUUUUGAUCGCAAUUUUAUUGAUUUUGGUGACUUUUUAACAAAGUAUCGAAUCAAAAUUCGUGAAGUUAUAGUAAAGACUGAUGGUACUCCUACAAAACCAACUAUUGAAUAUAUAAGUUACUUGAAAAAAGCUGCUGAAGAUCUUGAAAGGCAACAUUCCAAGCUUUUUAGCAAGGAAUCGAUUGGGCAUGAUUCCAUGUAG